AUGUCCGAGACUGCGACUCGGUCUGGUGCCUCUAGGGGACGAGGCUCUGGCCGUGGCGGGAGAGGCGGAUUUUCGAGUCGAGGAGGCCGUUCAUCCGGAAAAACUAAUGGCGAUAGCCUUGACGCACUCGAUACUCCCUCCCCUGCUGCCUUCGAUGAAGAUGCAGAUGUGGCCGAAUUGAGGAAGCUAUACGGAUCCAAGGUCUACCCCAUCAAGGACAUGUUCCAAGGCUGGUCGGAAGUCGAUAUUUUGUACGCUCUACAGGAGGCUGAUGGCGAUGAGAAUCUCGCCGUCGAAAGGAUUGCUCAUGGCGCUGUGUCUCAAUGGGGCGAAGUCUCCUCCAAGUCUAAGAAGACUCGAUCGAAGCCAAAGGAUACGGUAAACGCGGCAGCCACAACCGAUUCCCAUUCAGGCAGCACCAGACCCUCGCGUGGCGGAAGGAAUGUUUCUGAGAGUGGACGCGGUGGCCGAGGUCGUGGCGCCGACAGGGGCGGUCGUGCUCCCCGCAGCCGACCUGCUCAACCUGCUACCAACGGCGCCCGCAAGGAACAUAACCUUUCAGUUCCUACCGAAGAAUCGACUGCCUGGGAUACUACUACUACGACCAAACAGGGCGACUCUGAGAGUCGAGGUCAUGCAGCUGCCGAGCAGCCAGCCUCUGGCCCUGAGCCUACGAAGGCAGCCGCUCCCCCGGCCAAGACCUGGGCUAGCAUGCUCAGGCAGGCGACCGCGCCUAAAGUUGCGCCGAAGCCCAAGGAACCCCCCGUCCAAAAGCCGACCGAGUCUUUGGAACCUCUCCCCCCUGUCGAAUCCCCUGCUCCCAUCGAGGCCCCUGCUGCCGCAGAACCUGAACCCGAACCCGAACCCGUUGAGGCUCCUGCGACCGAGGAGGCACCUAGCCCUAGCACUGAGGCGACUGAACCCGCGACAGAGUUGCCGCCUACCAAGGACGCGCUGACAGAAUCCAACCUUGAACAAGUCAACGAUACAUCUGCGCCUGCUCCCACCGACACAGCCGCUAGCACCGCUGCCGACUCCUGGGCGCCCGCGCCUGCGGACAUCAGCUCCGUCCCAACCCCCACUUCUCAUGCCCCUUCGCAGACUCAACCCCCUCCAGCUGUACCUCAACCUGCUGGAUUUGUUGCUACUCCUACCAAGCCCGUGGGACGUGCUCCCCACUUCCAGCGCCGCAUCCUCGAUCAGGAGGAGGCGGUCAGAAUGCCCGGCAACCGCGAGGUCGACCGUGCCGCCGUUCAGUUUGGCGCAUUCUCUCUCAAUGGAACCGAAGAAGAUAUCGAUGGAGAUCGCGAGGAGCCUGAGACCCGGGCCCAGCCUCCCGAUGAUUCGCCUAUUGCUCACCCUCGAACCUCUCUCCCCCCCGUUUCUCAACCCAAUGCUGUUCCCGAAUCGCUCUCUCAGAAGCCUGCCGCCCCUGCCGUCCCCGCUGGCGCGCCAACCGGUAUCGCCCCUGACCUCGAUGGCUCCGUACAAGAACAACAAGCUAACGCUCCCUCUCUAGCCCCCGCUGCGCAAGCCCAGGCUCAGCAGCCUAUCGCCGGCCAGGCUCAACCCGUCGCUCAGACAGCUCAGUCGUUCGGUCGCUUCGGUGCCCAAGAAGGCGCACCGGGCUUCGCCUCUCUAAACCAACAGGGCGCUGCUACGAUUUCGCACCAGCAGCAACAGUACGAAAACUUCCAGGCCCAACAGCAGCCGGCUCAGCCCCCGCAUACGAGCGGCGCAUUCAGCUCAGCGCCGGGCGACUUCUCGUCUUACUAUACCGCAGACCAGCAAAACCGUGCUCCAUACAACUACUACGGCCAACAAUACGGCCAACAGCAGCACCAGGCUAGCCAGGGCCAGCCGGAGCCUACCGCCGCUACGCAGCAACCCCAACCUCAGCGCGCCUUCGGCGGAUACAACCAACCCUCGCAGGCUGAUAACCUCAGCCAAUACCCCCAAAGCGGUGUGGGUGGUCUCCACAACCAGUCGCGUUUCGGCGGCGUCGCGACCGAUCCUCAAAGCAGCGGUCAUACCACGCCCAACCCUCCCGGCCAGGGCCAGGGACAGCAGCAGCCGACGGGCCAAACUUCUCAGCCCCAAUCUCACGCGCAACAGAACUAUCCCUACAAUACUCACCCUUACUUCAACAACCCCUACUAUCACACUUACUACGCGCAAGCCUACGGCCAGGGCGGCUACGGCGGAGCACCCUAUGGGAAGGGAGGCAUUUACGGAGCGCCUUACAACAUCCCUCCCCAGGCACCAUAUGACCACAGCUCGUCUCCUGCUGGCGGAUUCCAGUCGUCGCUCCACCGCGACAACAACGGCAUCGGGUCCGGACUAGGCGACUACGGACGGGUGGGAAGCGCGCAGUCUGGACACCAGGGCGGUCUUGGAGCCAGCUCCUUUGGCGGCAUGCACGACACUUUCGGACGCGGGCCCUCUUCGUACCAGUCCCAGGCUGGGCAAGGUUUCAACGCGCAAUCCCAGGGUGCCGGCUCGGGCUCGGCUAACGAUGACUUGAAGCCCUACGUCGACUCCAAGACUGCGGCUGGCCCUUCACCUUCCCUCGGUGGCGCUCGUCCCGGAUCGGCGACUAACAACGCCCCCGCCGGACAAGGCGGUCUCCCCCCUCAGUCCAACGCCCAAAUGGCUGGUUAUGGUGGCUACCCCAGCCAUCUCCAGCAGGGCCUCCACGGAUCUAGCGGCUACGGCAUGGGCGGCGGCAGCGGCGCGGGCCAGCACGGAAACACACCUUACGGCUCAUACGGCCAAGGCGGCUUCGGUAGCGGCGGAUACUACGGCGGUGGUGGCCAGCAACAGCAGCAGCAACAGCAGCAGCAGCAACGCGGCGGCUGGGGUGGAAACUACAACCACUAG